UGGCUCCCACGGAAGCCAAUUUGUUCUCCAGCCACAUUAAUAGAAGCAUGGCAUUUAGAAUACAGGGGAGGACUGUCUACUGGCCUCUCCGCCUGUCAGAUGUCAUCAGUCGUAAUGGACUCUACGGAAGCAUGUGAUUUCUGAGAGAUCUGGCAUUCUGGAGUGUGGGCGGAGCAGAAUGACCUCAGAAGAGAAGGCUUUCUGAAGAAACUGAGGCUACAGAGCCUGAGUGGGGUGCCAUUUGCAAAACCUGUGAAGUCACUGUGCCUAGUUCCAGCGGCCCUAGAGUUGGGAGAACUUACUGCUAAUAACAGUAUAGCGUCAGACAAGUUACUCAACUCCUGGGAGCCGCAUUUCCUUCAGUUUUAGAAGAGAUUUCACAUGCGGUUUCUGAGGCCUCCCCUUGACUGGGGGCCUAACUUUCUACAUACUCUUUAUUAACUCAUAACUAAUUCAGGAGUGGAACUGUGACCAAAGCUAGAUACACGCUGUCUAGCCUGCGCCCCCACCCCCUUUUUAAAGAUUUGUUUUUAUGUCUGCCACAAGUGUGCCUGUCGCCCUUGGAGUCCAGAAGAGGGCAUCAGAUCUGGAGUUACAAAAGAUUAUGGCCUCAUCGGGUUAAGGACCAAGUCAAAGAGAUCCAAAGAUCCAUAGACUCCUGUGGUGAAAUCGGGUUUGUACAUCAGCACCCAGGGCCAAUCUGACCAUGAAGACUUUGAUCUCAUCAUGUAAAUCAACAUGCUGAAGUGUUCUAUGGACUACUGGGAGCUGAUACAAAUGGGAGGUGGGCUCUGGCUGAAGACCGAGCAGCUGACCCUUUCCUGGGACCCACGCUCAAGUGCAUCUGCAGAGGUUCCAAAGAGGUACGGCAACCCGGGAUUUCUGCAGUGGUGGCUGAGCAGCCCAGUGGCUGGGCUUGUGUCCUGAGACUCAGGGCGGGAAGAGGCAGAUCAGUGCCGGGGUGCUCCGGUAGACACCUGGACAGCGCAUCGGGCCCCGCCCCGCGCGCCACGCUUUAAAGAGCAGCAAGGCCGGGCGCUCCGUCGCGGUCGCGGUCACGGUCAUGGAGGGCAUGCCCGCAGCCAACUGGAGCAUCGAGUUGGACCUCGGGAGUGGAGUGCCGCCUGGGGUGGAGGGGAACCUCACGGCCGGGCCGCCGCGGCGCAACGAGGCCCUGGCGCGCGUGGAGGUGGCGGUGCUGUGCCUCAUUCUGUUCCUGGCGCUGAGCGGCAACGCGUGCGUGCUGCUGGCGCUGCGCACCACGCGCCACAAGCACUCGCGCCUCUUCUUUUUCAUGAAGCACCUGAGCAUCGCCGACCUGGUGGUGGCUGUGUUCCAGGUGCUCCCGCAGCUGCUGUGGGACAUCACCUUCCGCUUCUAUGGGCCCGACCUGCUGUGUCGUCUGGUCAAAUACUUGCAGGUGGUGGGCAUGUUCGCCUCCACCUACCUGCUGCUGCUCAUGUCGCUCGACCGCUGCCUGGCCAUCUGCCAGCCGCUGCGCUCGCUGCGCCGCCGAACCGACCGCCUGGCAGUGCUGGCGACGUGGCUUGGCUGCCUGGUGGCCAGCGCGCCGCAGGUGCACAUUUUCUCGCUGCGCGAAGUGGCGGACGGCGUCUUUGACUGCUGGGCUGAGUUCAUCCAGCCCUGGGGACCCAAGGCUUACGUCACGUGGAUCACGCUCGCCGUCUACAUUGUGCCUGUCAUCGUGCUGGCCGCCUGCUAUGGCCUCAUCAGCUUCAAGAUCUGGCAGAACUUGCGACUCAAGACGGCAGCGGCUGCGGCGGAGGCCCAGGGGACUGAAGGAUCUGCAGCCGGUGGAGCUGGGCGGGCGGCGCUGGCUCGGGUCAGUAGCGUCAAGCUCAUCUCCAAGGCGAAGAUCCGCACAGUGAAGAUGACCUUUAUCAUCGUAUUGGCCUUCAUCGUGUGCUGGACGCCUUUCUUCUUCGUGCAGAUGUGGAGCGUCUGGGACGUCAAUGCGCCCAAGGAAGCUUCUGCCUUCAUCAUCGCCAUGCUCUUGGCCAGCCUCAACAGCUGCUGCAACCCUUGGAUCUACAUGCUCUUCACGGGCCACCUCUUCCACGAACUUGUGCAACGCUUCCUCUGCUGCUCUGCCCGUUACCUGAAGGGCAGCCGGCCUGGAGAGACAAGCGUCAGCAAGAAGAGCAACUCAUCUACCUUUGUCCUGAGUCGCCGCAGCUCCAGCCAGAGGAGCUGCUCUCAACCAUCUUCAGCGUGAGCCCACCACGCCAGCCAGCGGCAGGGGUUAUGCGGUCUCCGGUCUGCCCCCUGGUGGCCGUGCAUGGAGCUGUAUAAGGUGCCUAUUGGUGUGCGUCCUUCUAUUCCUUGAGGUGGCUAGAGCGUGGGGCAUAUUCUGUCUUGGGGUUGGGGAAAUGUCUCUAUGGGAGAUGACAGAGUCACUCAGCCAUCAGAGGGUUGCCUGGGCUCCCACCUGUGAUUCUAUUACCCCAACCGGAAUGCUCCUGGGUGGUGGGUGGGCUCUCCUGAACCUGGCUUUCAUUCCAUUAUUAUUACUUUUUUUUUUUUUUAACUCGUUUAUCCUGGGAUCUUGUGAAAGGCAGUAAGCCACGGAUUGGUGACCAGUGGGCUGGGACAAGGAAUGGGAAAUGAGGCCUCAGAUGCAGAGUGGUGCUGAUUUCCUCAUGACCCAAGUUGUGUGGACAGAUCUUAGCAUCCUCAGGGACCAGUUUGUCGCAGGAAAACACCGGGAAGUGGAGACUGAACUGGGAGGCCACCUGGCUCAGGAAGGCAAUGAGAACAUGGGCUGAAAUGCUGAAGAAGCUGAUGCUUGAUAAACAUUUGGGAAAAAAAAAUAAAUGAGAGCCCUCCAAGACA